GGGUGGGCGGAGCCGGAAGUAGGGCCCCGGCGGAGCGGCGCUUGUCCGGCUGGGGGGGGAAAGAGGGGAGGGAAUUAGAGGAGGAGGAGUAGGUUAGCAGCGGCAGCGACGGCUUCGCUUGGGCUGGUACGCGCUGGGCUGCGAGAGCCUCAUGGCGGAGGAAGAGAGCGACCAGGAGGCCGAGCGCCUCGGGGAAGAGCUCGAGGCGAUCGUGGAGUCCCCUCCGGGCUCCGUCGCGUUCGGAACCGGGGUCGGGGGCGAUGGGGAAGGCAGCUGCGGCUCUGGAAGCAGCAGCAGCAAUAGGAUCAGCAGCCGAGAUUACUGCCGCCGCUUCUGUCAGGUGGUUGAAGAUUAUGCUGGAAGAUGGCAGGUCCCUUUGCCACAGCUUCAGGUUCUACAGACAGCACUUUGUUGUUUUACAACGGCCAGUGUAUCAUUCCCAACUGAAUGUGAGCACGUACAAUAUGUUUUGAGUAGCCUAGCUUUGAGUUUCUUUGAAUUGCUGCUGUUCUUUGGAAAAGAUGAAUUUUAUGAAGAGCCAUUAAAGGAUAUUCUUGGUUCAAUCCAGGAAUGCCAGAACCAUCUCAGCAGGUAUGGAAAUGUGAAUCUGGAACUCGUUACCCGAAUUAUUAGAGAUGGUGGACCAUGGGAAGAUCCAGUUUUACAAGCAGUUCUUAAAGCUAAGCCAGCAUCUCAGGAUAUAGUUAACAAAUAUUUGAGUUCUGAAAAUCCACUGUUCUUUGAACUGCGUGCAAGAUACCUUAUUGCUUGUGAACGUAUACCAGAGGCAAUGGCUCUUAUCAAAUGUUGCAUAAAUCAUCCAGAUAUCAGUAAAGACUUAUACUUCCAUCAAGCCUUCUUCACAUGUCUAUAUAUGUCACCAUUAGAAGAUCAACUAUUCCAGGAGCAUGUAUUGAGAACUGAUUGUAAGAAUGGAAUUGAUAUCAUCUGUAACACCGAAAAAGAAGGCAAGACUACAUUAGCCUUGCAGCUCUGUGAAUCAUUCCUAAUUCCACAGCUCCAGAAUGGAGACAUGUAUUGUAUUUGGGACUUGAUUUUCAUAUGGAGUAAACUGCAACUUAAAUCCAAUCCUUCAAAGCAAGUUUUUGUAGACCAAUGCUACCAGCUUUUAAGAACAGCAACUAAUGUGAGAGUCAUUUUUCCUUUCAUGAAAAUAAUAAAAGAUGAGGUUGAAGUAGAAGGCUUACAAAUUUGUGUUGAAAUAUGUGGAUGUGCUCUCCAACUGGACCUUCAGGAUGAUCCAAACACUAAAUGUCUGAUUUAUAAAGCAAUUGCUCAUUUUUUGCCAAAUGACUUGGAGAUUCUCAGGAUUUGUGCCCUCUCAGUAUUUUUCCUUGAGCGCUCCUUGGAGUCCUACUAUACUGUUGAACGGCUCUAUAAACAUCCAGAUGAAGAGUACAAUGAAUGUACUAGUUCUGUCCAGAAUCGUGUUCGUUUUGAAUUGCUCCCAAUUUUGAAAAAGGGGUUGUUUUUUGACCCAGAAUUUUGGAAUUUCAUAAUGAUUAAACAAAAUUGUGCAGCAUUACUGAGAGAUAAGUUGACAGGUGGAUUUUUAAAUGAAAAUACACUGGAAAAUGCUAUUAGUCAUCCUGAAAAGAUGAAGGAAACACAAGUUUUAGAUGAAGAACUAGUAUUUCUUAUGGACCUAAGCAAUGGGGAAUAUGAUCCUGAAGAUGUACCUGGAGCCCAAUCCAAAGGUCAUGGUAAUACCAAGAAAAACCUUACGACUUUUAAUGCUUCUAAAAUAGACCGUAAUGUUCCAAGACAUAAAUGUGUGUUGUGCAACAGAGAAUUUCUGGGUGGUCACAUAGUACGGCAUGCCCAGGCUCAUCAAAAAAAGGGCAGCUUUUCAUGUGUAAUAUGUGGUAGAAAAUUUAGAAAUAGAGGACUUAUGCUGAAGCAUUUAAAGAAUCAUGUUAAGAAAAUACAAAGACAGCACUUUGCUGUAGUUCAGCAGGAAGAUCAGGGAAUUCCUAUAACAGAACAAAUAAAUUGCUUUGGUGCUUCUAUUUCAUUUGAAAAUGGAAAUUCAGAUAUAAAUGAAAUAGAAACUACCAUUGCAUAUAACAUUGAAAACAAGGAAGAAGGAGCUUUUGAGCAAAUAGCUGAAGUGACUAAAAAUUGUAUAUGUGAACCUCAUGAUGUCAUUAAAAAUGGCAGUCCUGAUAGUUCUCUAAUUGAUACCCUAGAGCCUCUCACCACUGAAAGUUUACCUAGAUGUAUUGAAGAUGAUGAUGAUUUCAAUCGAGAGACUCCAAUACUCCAUAAAAUAAAUGGAACUGUUUGCCCUCAGAAAGAUCUGGAUUCUAUGGAUCAGCAAGAAAAUUUCAAGUGCCCUGCUAAUGGAUGUGUCCGAAUAUUUAAAAAAAUAAGAUUUCUGAAUAAACAUGCAAGGAAAGCUCAUCCAACUGAUCUGAAGGUACAGCAACAUAUAAUGAAGUGGAACAAAGGAAAGUGCCGGUUUUGUCAGCGGAAAUUUGAGGAUUCGCAGCAUUUUAUAGAUCAUUUGAAGAGACAUAUAUACCCAAAUGUAUACUUUUGUUUACAUUUUACCUGUAAUCAGAGAUUUAAGCUGUUAACUGAGCUUACAGAGCAUACAAAGAGUCACAGUGUUUUUCAGGCUCAGUGUAAUUUUCCAGAAUGCCACGAGCUUUUUGAAGAGCUUCCUCUGCUCUAUGAACAUGAAGCUCAGCAUUAUUUAAAUGCAACACCAGAACCUUCUGCAGAAACAAGUAGGAAUGUUUUGGAUACUCUUACAAAACUUCAGUGUGAGAGUCAGGAAAAAGACUUAUCUGGUAGUGAAAAAGAAACUGUUGAUCUGCCAGUUCCCACUUGGAAAUCAAGGAAAGAUUCUACAGAACCAAAGACAUACAUACAAAGUGUUGAAAAGAAGACAAACAGUGUAGUUCAGAAUGGGAAUGACCAUUCUUCUGAUGUCACUGCUUCAGCUAAAAGCUUCAUAGACCAAAAGAUGCCUGUUGUAGAGCCAAAUUCUGAAAAAAGUAGUGUUAUCAGUGACCAACUGUUAGUCAAUGGACACAGUGAAUUAGAGCAGACAUCUUUGAUUUCAGCAGAUGCUGCCCUGAAAAGCGAGACAAGUGGAACAAGGACAGAAAAUGGUUCCAUUUCACAGAAUGUUGAAGUAGUACCACAAGAACCCAGUCCCCUAGUAGUCGUCUCUCAGUCACCUUCCAAACCAAAUCCACCAACCGAAAACACUUCAUAUGGUUUAAUUUUAACCAAGCCAUAUGUGAGACCAUUGCCUCCCAGUUAUCUUGACGAACGGUACAUCAGUAUGCCAAAACGUAGAAAAACUCUGACUGAUAAAGCCGAUGCCCAUUCGGAUCAAGAUAGCGUUUCUAGCACAUCCUCAGAGAGAUUUCGAUGUGGCAACUGCUUGACCAUCUACUGUAACUCAGAAGCACUUGAGGCUCACCUUGCACAAAAGAAAUGUCAGACGCUGUUUGGAUUCGACUCGGAUGAUGAAAGUGCCUGAUAAAAUGUUACUGAAAAGUCUAUCAAGAAGUAGUGUGAAAAAAAAAGCACUACUAGAAAAUGCAUCAUCAAUUUGCUCUUUCCCAGUUGGCCUUAAUCAUAGAGUGGUCUCAGAUUACUAAAGAACAAUAUAAAGAAAAAGCACAUUUUCUAGAAUGAACUCACAGAGGAGAUGUGCCAGUUUUGACUCCAGAAGGGUUACUACAAAGAUCCCAAAGUACCAGUUUUCCAGAAGACCACACAUAAGAGUGUAUGAUCAAAGCACAGCAGCACAUUCAAUUUAACUUAUUAACACCUCAUAAAGAAGCAUUCAACCCAAGAAGAAAAGUAGCUGUGGCCUUAAAGAAAGGAAUAAUGUGAAUUUGUAAAGAAACAAAAACAAAAGAUGAAUUUUAAGGAAUUCAAAAGCUAUUUUCCAAACAGUAUGUUCUUUCUUUUUAUGCAUGUACAAAUAAUGUCCUUCACUUCUUGAUAAAACAUGACACAAAGACAUCACUAGCAAGUUGUGAUUUGCUUGGAAACGGAAAUUUUUAAAAAUCUUCUUUGAUGGUUAUUAUCAUAUUAACCCUUAAAUUUUGUGGGAAUGCCUUUUAAAAACUUGUUUCCAGAAAGUGAAAAAUCUUGGCCAGGUGUGAUAUUAGAAUUUUUAAAUGAAGUUCCAAGAAAUUUAGGGCCAAAAUGUUUCCAGACUUUUGAUUUAAACCAAAACUUGUUCGAUUUUACAAUGCAGAAUAAAGUUAACUGGCACAGUUAUCUUUUAAUACAAUCUUAAUAUAAAAUUGAAAAAUAACUUUUUAGGUGUGGGAAUCAAAAGAAGGCCAAGAAAGGAAGAAUAAAGUCUUGAAGAUACGUUGAAGUUUCAAGUGUACACUUGCGCAUUUACAUACACACAUCUUUUGGUGUGAAUUAUCUAAAUAAUGUCUUAAGAAGACAAAAGUUAUCUUUAGAAAUAUAUUAGAAUUAGGGCAAGAAACCAUUUAUUUAAUACUCCAGUAUCAAUGAAACAAUAAUAAAUUUGGGCUUUCUAAAUAGAAAUAUUUUUUUAAUCACAUCCCAAAAUAUGGAGAAUUUUUAACAGAAUUUUGACUUUAAGAAUAUAAGUAUCGUUACAGUAAUGGCCAAUAAUUUUCCUAUGAGAGGUUUUAACCUCACUGCCAAUAAACAAAUAAGAAGAAGGGUCUAAAAGAAAUAAUACGCUCAAAUAUAUAUUAUUUUCAUUUGGAAGCUUGCAUACAUCUCUUAUUUUUUUUUAAAUACUAGGGUUUUUCAACUUGCCCAGGCUGGAAGUACAAGAGCAUGAACAUGAUCCCACCUCUGACUGUACAGGAGCAUUGACCUGUUCACCCCUUCCCCUGCCUCCCUUCCAUUUCCCACAGCUCAUUCUAAAGUGCAGACACCCAAUCUUCAUAGCUUACUGUCACUCAACGCCAAAGCUCAAGAGAUUUGUCAGCCUCAACCUUCCCGGGAGCUGGAAUUAUAGGUCUGUACCACCAUGCCCAGCCACAGUUCUCCUUCCUUAAUUAUCUAAAAGCCAGAAACCAAGCUACCCAAAAACCAUUAGCAAAAAACCCGAAAUAAAAUUUUCUCUUAAAAAAAACUUUGGUUUUCCAGGGCAUAUAAUGACUUCUUUGACUCAGAUAUAUAAAAUGUACAGAAAAUUGGACAUUUUUUCUUUUCAGACUGAAGCUAGACUUAAUCAAAAUAGAAUUUAUAAUUCAACAUAAGUGAUCCAUAAAAUAUUUUCCUAAUUUUAGGUUUAAAAAAUGAUUCAUUAUACUGGCAGUGUCAAAUUGUUUUGUGUAACCGAAAAGCAUUAAAAUCUAUAGAAAUCAAAUUUAGGGUUUAUUUAUGGAUAACACUGGAAUUCACAUUUGCAUAGGGGUUAUAGGUUUAAUUAUAUAUGUGUUUCUUAAGUAUCUUUGGCCACAUAUUGGCUACAUCUUUUUAACUGAAGACUUCACCAUGUGCUCUCAUUUUAGGAAUCUUUUAUCUCCAUAACAUAAUUUUUGUAAAUCCUUUUGCUUAAAUACUUAGGCUCUAGCAUUUUUUGGACAAAAUGGUGAAACUAAAUACCAAAUUUAGCUUUUUUUUUUUUCCUUUUGGCAAAUCAUCAGUUUGUGUUCCUAAAUCAAAAAAUGCAGAUUUCUUGUAGUGACCUACUAAAAGUUAGAGGCUACAAAAUGCUUUUAGCUAUUUAUAAUUAUUUUCACCUACUAGUUUGUUUUUUGUUUGUUUCCAAACUAUCUCAAGUACUUAAACAUUUUUUUGUCAUUCAUUUGCAAUCAAGUUUCUAGUUUUUAGAAUUAAGAGGAAUUUCUCUUCCCUGGGCUCCAUUACUGAAAAAGAAAGAGGAAAAAAAGGCCUUUAAGUACUAUUAAAAUUCACUUUAAAAAUAUAUAUAUAGUAUAAUACUAACAAUCUGCUUGGGAACAGCAUCAUUGAUAUAAUUUAGCAAUUUUAUAUGAAUGUUGUUGAAUUUAAUUCAUACUUUUACCCCAGAUCUAGUUACCAAGACUCAAACUCUUAUCAGAUUUCUAAUGUUUAUAAAAUGAUUUAAUAGCUAUGUAACUCUUAUUUUAAACUCAUGUCCACAGUAUGUCAAGUUUCCACUUGAAACUUGUUAAUAUCUAGUUUCAAAUAAUUCUAACCAUUCCCUACCUAUUUGUCAUUUAGCUUCAACUUAACAAUUUAUGUUUUUGUUGCUAUAAGAGAAAAUUUAGGUUCUUGAAAGCCAUGAAAGUUUAAUUGGCACAUAAAGCUAAAUGAGAGUUGUACCAUAAUACAAUAUCAUUUUAUAAAACUUUUUGUCAACACGUAUCCAGCUUCUGUUAGGUAUGUGAAUUUUAAAGAACCAUCUGUUCAGAGUGUGCAGAGUAAUAUCAUGUAAAUUUUUAUAAAAUAUAAACCUAAAUUAAGUGACUAUUUUUAAAGUUCUGCAGAAGAAUUUCCAACGGUGCUGGUUUUGAGUGGGGAAGACGUGAGGGAGUUGGUUCCAUUUCUCUUUUCCUGUUGUAGUGCUUUUUUCUAAUCCAUUUCUAAGGAUAUUCUUGUUUUACAUGGGUAGAAUUUUACCUUUUUUAGACCAUUGCUUAAAUUGAUUUUUCUUCUUGAAAAUGAAAAUUUGCUUCAGAGUCAACUGUUACUACUUGAGGUUCAUUAUGGUUAAGCAAAUAGAAGUAUGAAAUGUUGCUGCUCAAAUAUUAUGAACUAUGUUGAAAGUGGGCAUGUGUGUGGGAAAGGACACUGGUACUUUGGGCAUUUAGCCAUAUUCAUUUUUAAAAGAACUACCAAUUGUACAAAUUGAGUGGAUAAUUUAUAACAUUAAAAUUGUGGUUUUCAAAUCACACUGAAGGUUCAGCUGUACUCAUUUAUUUUUUAUUGGUUUAACACCAGUUGUAUGGAUGAGAACCCCAAAAGGGUAAUAGUGUUUAUUUCUUAAUUUAUUUGGUACUGUAUAACACCUUUUCUGAUUGACUAAAUGCAAUGUAUGCAUUUUGGAUCUCUAUUAAUUUGUAAAAGUUAUUACAGAUUCAGCAAGAAAGGAAAUUUGUGCUUCCUUGUUGAAUGUUAAAUUAUUUUACUUUGCAUUUUAUAAGAGUACAAAUUAAAACUGAGCCAUCGAACUGCAAUAAAUCAACAGUAGUGUUUCAUUUAAAGAAAUUUUUGUACUGUACAUAGAUCUGUUCAAUAAAACAUUGUCCUUGUUGUUAA